AGCAUAAUCGUCGAUGUGAGUGUGUCUUGUUAUACAUCUUCCCCGUCACUUCCUUUUUGCGUGUUGGUUCUUUGAGGUCCCGGUCCUCAUUUAAAAGUCAAGAAACAUUCUCGUUCUUCUCGUCUUCUUUGGUGUUCUGUUUAUUCAUCAUUCUUUCGUGUUGUGUGUUUUCGGAUAUUGUAGAAACAGCUCAGGUUAAGUUUUUCCUGAGUUCAAGUCGUCACCGAAGCGUCCUCGCUUCGGCUCAUGAUUUGUGUCUAGUAUGUCAUAAUCUGCGUUUUUUUUUUAUCGUUAUAUUGAUUAUCAUCCAAAUCCACUUCUACUAUAACUAUUGCUAUUCAUCAUAUUAUAUAUUUGAAGAUUCCAUUCCGUGCAUUAGUCACAGGCCAGAUAUCCGAAACAUGACGCUCAUGCGAUUAAAGGUGCGACGUUGUUUUCGAUCUCUCGUUCUUCACUGACGGGUAUGCAUCUUUGAACAAGAAGACUUGUUGUUCGAACCUGACAUCUGCCUGCUAUGAAGGCGACCGCCCGUACUGGAGCCAGCGUGGCGCCUAAAAGUCAAGAAGACCGCGCGAAGAGCGGCGCGGAUGCAAAAACAGCUGCUCCAGGCAGCAAGACGCCGGCCGCAGCGCAUAGAAGCAAGUCUGCUUCCACUAGCAAGGCGCCUGCCGCGACGUCUUCAACGGCCAACAAGGCUCCUGGGAUUAUCAAAAAAGCUCCGGUCGUAAUUGGCAAGCCACCACCGUCUGCAAGUACUAUCAACAACCCUGUUUCGACUACGACCAACACCACUUCGAGCCGCGCGCCGGCUACCGUAGCAACUUCCAUUCAUAGCGGCACGGGAGCACGAGGACCGGAAAGGGUCGUGGGAGAUGGCAACAAAAGCGCAGGUGGAGAUGUUCAACACGACGCAGAGGUUGCUGCCUCGUCUAGGGCAAGUUCGUCCACAUCUACCGCCGCAAGCCUCCGUGAGACAGACAUGGUUGCAUCAGCAAGUCGGAUGCAUCAGCAAGUAGAAUCAGCAAGUAGGACACUGCACGACAACAUGUUGGUAGAAGAUGAAGGGCCUACGAGUGGUAUCCGAGCUCGAGCGCGCGGCAGCAGGCCGCAUAACACUCCCGAAAAUGAACUAGAGGAAGAGGAUCCGACGAGGCAAGGGUAUCUUAGCGGUAGUGGAGAUGAGAGCUUUACAGAUCUAAUUCGUACAUCCGUAGCGCAGUAUUAUGGGGAGGGUGGGUCUCGAAUGGCCGUGGAAGAGGAGGAUGAUUUUUUAGAGAACAAAAAUUUGGAAAACGAGAUCGCCGCACGAGGCGGGGAAAUGGAUGAGGGAAGUCGAAGUUCUUCAGGCGAGGAGGGUUCCCCGAUAAAUAGGUCUCCAUCGAGAGACAGCGCGGCGAUGCGAGACUGGCAAGGCCGGCUAUCAAAAUUAGAUAUCGUUGCGGUCGUCUACUUUUUUCUGCUCUACCUUGCUUUCGCCGCAAUCUGCAGCUACGUCGGUUCCAGCGCAUCAGAGGUACACCUUCCUGUUAGUGCUGAAGAUGUUACACACCAGGGACACUAUUUGAUGAGGGGUGAAAUAACAACUGCGGCUGGUACAACUUCUGCGGAAGAAGGUGCCGAAAACGUUGAUGCACAACUUCAAGUCACAAGCACAAGUAGUACAGCUUUGGAGGACAUAUCCGACAGAAAUACCCGUUUCGGAGGUCCUGAUUUCAAUGUAGACGUAGAGGAUCAUAGCGAUAGCCGACGUACAACUAGCAUUAGCAUAGCAGCUCCAACACGCAUUCCUUUUCGCAAGCUCUACGACGCGAAGAAAGCGCACAUAUUUCACUUAGUACUAGAAACCCUUUUUCGUGCUGGAGGAUUCUUCCUUGUUUUCGCUGCUGAACUGCGAACGAAGUUGAGACUGCCGCCUCCCAUGGUCGGUAGCCACGAGUAUCGCUGUAAGAUGUACAUGGGUCGCAUGGUGUACCUCACAAAGCACGGCAACGCGUUUGUCGCUUACCACUACAUGCUGGGGAUGAUUCGAGCUGCAACGGAGAUAGCCCUAUUAACUGAACGAGGAGAAGGAGGUGCAGCAGGAAGCGUAAAGACCACGUCAUCACCAGAUGGUCCAAUGUUUUCCAGUGGUCGAGUAGGUGGUCAAGAACAAGACUCUCCGCUAUAUGGUAGUUACGAGGAUAUGGCGUCCUCUGCUCAACGUUUUGUUUUAGAAGUUGCUAGGACGAUCUUUUCUUCGCGACCCAGUUUGGACUUAACUUGCAGUACAACUAGUACUAGUGGUAGUACACCGAGCACCUGCUCGAGCAGCAGCAGCACCUUGCAAGAAUGGCAGGCGUUAUUAGCGACCAUCACAGGAAACUGUGCACUGAUUGUUGCGGUACUCGGUAGUCAGGUGAGCAUCUUGUGGGCAGUCCUCGUCAUGCCGAGUGCGCAAAUGAAGAAGAGCAAUGAGUGGCUGUGGCGCGUCCACCGAGUGGACGGCUUCGCUAUCGACGUGAUGGGGCAUGUUCCCGGUCUGCCGCUUGCUGUAUGUGAUAUUCUUAUGCAGAGGGCCUUGGUUUUCCCGCAGUUGGGAUACAAUGCCUGGAGGCGCGCAGAAGGCCUAUCGUGGAUCAUUUUAUUCUUUCUGGCUUACUACUACUCCGUAGUGUUUUGGAAUCAAAGAAAGACAGGCGUUUUCCCCUACGAGAUCAUGUCCCAGAUCCAUCGAACACCAUUCGUGCGUCUGCGCUGUCUUCGGUGGCUCGGACUCACCGCCUUCUGUCUUGCCGGCUGUCUAUCGCUGCAAUUUUCCUACAUUGCCCUAGCCGGAAGAACUGGUGUACCGACAUCGUGGCUGAAAGCAGCAGCGAUGAGCAUAAUACAUAGCAUUGAUAGUGUAAAUUGGCUGGAUCAUUUGCAGUAGCAGUUGGAAUCGAUCCGGAACACUGCUUUAUUUUUGAUCAUCCGGAUUGUAUUUGUGCCUGUAUCUCUCCGGUUCCAAGCUAGUACAGAAUACACGAAGCAUUACGACGUACUUACUAGCUUAAUGGAAAGUUGUACAUGGUAGUUACACAAUGAUCACUGAUGAAUAACCCUACUCUUACUCUUACCCACAUCACUGGUGACUCAUUGAAAAGAACACAGGGUGCUUACGUGUAGGGGCUUUGUUCUUUUUUUUUGGUACCGCAUAGCCAAAGAGGAAUUCAAAAAAGCAUUGUAAAAGAAGGUCAACAUCUUUACACAUGUCACUAUUGUGCAGCAUUGGUAUUUAUGUAUGAUAUCGUUAAGAGGCCCAGAAGAUUCAUUUUCCUAUACAUCAACAUACGCCACAACAUACUUACAACUCAUAUGCUGCUCGUUUCCCCCUGCAUGAUGCAAAGGAACUGUACAGCUUCCGCAUGAAACUGACAUGGGAACAAUUUGGUUUUGUUCGUUCACCGGUUAUUGUGGUGUGAACAGAGAUGAAGUUGUAAAUGAAUGUAGCUGUGACAUACGGGUGACUGAACCAAAGUAAUCUGAAAAUAUCCACUUUGAGCUCUACCCCUCUGCCCA